AAUGCUAGUUAACCAGGAACGCUGUAUCCAGACACAUGCAGAGCUGGCCCCGGGCCCAUCGUGCGGGGAAGGAAUUCAUAAAAUGCACUUAUCUCCAAAAGAAACCAUCACCUUGCGUGGAAAGCUCAAGAGUUCUUCCAGCCAAAGGGAAUACUAUCCUUAACAACAGACAAUGACGACUCGAACGAACGCCAGUGUUGCCGGAAACCUCUCCAAGAUCAUAGUAGUCGGCGCUGGACCGUCCGGACUUUUGCUAUCGAUCCUAUUAGCAAAACAUGGAAUCAACGUGGAACUACUUGAAGCCACCGAAAGAUUGGACGAACAACCCCGAGCCGCCCAUUAUGCCUCUCCCGCCGUAUACGAGCUUCGUCGUGCGGGUGUCAUUGACGAUGUGAUUGAAAGCGGUUUCAAACCAACAUCGGCAUGUUGGCGCAAAGCCAACGGGGAAAUUAUUGCCGGAAUGAGAUUUGACGUUGUUCCUGAUGACCCUGAGCGGAUGGUUGUGUUACCCCUGGAUCGACUAGGCAACGGAGAUGUAACGCAGCCGGUUCUGCGUAAAGUUCAGGAGCGCCAUUGA